GGGGGAGGGGGGAAGAGGCAAGAGGGAAACCUUCAUCUGAGGAUGACGCGGAGGAGGGGAUCGCAAACAGCGACGAAUAGUAGGCCUACGCUGGAAAGGCGAAAAUGAUUACCGUAGAUUCCGAUGGACAUAUAUUCCGAUCUUUAAAAGCAUUGGAUACUCCUUUACGAGCCCCAUUCUGCCGGAUUCAUAUUUUUGACUGAGAGACGCUGGAGCUAGAAGAGGGGACACCAUCUGGAGUGAUGGGCUGUCGUUUUUCUGGACCAUGGAUCGAAGGAGAACCGGGGGUGAGUGGGAGGCACGUGUCCCAGCUUAGCAAACAAGAUGCCCUGCGCAUUCUGGCAGCCUAUGAGCAGCCAAUCACAAUGCAGAUCAAGCCACGGAGGCAUUUUCGACAGAAUGGCAACACACAUGGCGAUGGCCGUUCCUGGGAGACCCUCCCUCUCAGCCUGCAGAACCUCAGCCUCCCCCUGCAGGCACCGAGACCCCCUGCCUCGGACCCCAGGGGGAGCCCUGCCUCCCAGGACAGGCGCCAUUGGAGACAUCUCGUGGUCCAACAGGACCGUUGUGAUGAGGGGAUGUAUGAGUACCUACCGACCGCCCCGCAGGACACCAUUGACAUGGGGCCUGUUGGCUACCAGGUGAUUCAGAAAAAUGAUAAAGACUUAACCAGUAGAGACCCAAACAACUCCAGCUGCUUGCUAGGCUGCUGCAACAACCCUGCAGAACCCAGCAGCUUCUACACCCAGCAGAUGGAAGACAGCAGCGUCAUGGCUGAGAAUCCCCAUGGCUACCUCCCCCUUCACCAUGAGCUGGACAGCGGCCUCGGCUGGACAGACGGCUCCCUCCACCAGGGGGAUCUCUCCGGGCUGGAGACCGAGGAGGGAGGCCUGGACGAAUGCCACCAAUACAGCAGGGGCUAUGUCCAGGGCGGAUGUGCGGGACACGGCUUCGGCCGCGGCUCUCCGUCCUCAGAGUCCUACAUGUCCUCGGAGCUCAGUGACUCUGGCUUCUGCAGCGUGAGCACCGGGGAGUUCCGGCGCUUCCAGAGGCUGCUGGAGAAGCGGAUGCGGCUGUACAACGCCCGGCUCCACCACCCGGCAGAACCCUGCGAGAAGAGGGAGCGACGCGACAGCUGUCCCAAGAGCCACCGCGAGCUGCUGGAGGCCAUUCCUGAAGCGCUGGCCAUGCAGCCCCUGCUCCCGAACCCCCGGGCGGGAGUAGGGCACAGCAGUGACCCAGCCAUGGGCUUCUCCCCCUGCGGUCUCUCCAGGGUAUCAUCUGUCCAAUUUCGCAAAGAAGACCAGCCCUGUUUGAACCGUCACAGUUCCAGCAGCGGGGCCCUCUUCAACCCAUCACACGGCCACACCUCCAUGGGGAUGCCCAUUCUUUCCACAUGCAGUACCCCUUCCAGCCACCACAGACCGAUGGUGCUCGGGAAACAGCAUCAGGCCUCAAACUCAGUUGGGAUUCUGAGGAGAAGUCGUACCCUGCACUAUCGUCCGGCCCCCCACGAGUACCGCCGCCGGGCCAGCCACCCGGCGUCCCCCUCCUACACCGCAGCAACGCUUGACAGCGGGGAGACCGUGGGACCCCAGGCCCCGGAGCAAAGGGAAACAUCUCCAAGUGUAUUAACGUUGAACCAUGCCAGUCAUGCUCUAUCUCCCCACCCCCAUCCCCAUCCGACCGCUGUGAGCCAUCCCCAGGGGACACACGGUCCCUUCUAUAGCACCCAUUUACCCCCCCAUGACUGGCCUCAGCCGCGGGAAAGAAGCAUUAAAACUGAGCUAGUGGUCCCCAAAGAAGAAAGAAUCAGAAGAGCCAGACCACGAGAAGCCAGCCUGCAGAAUGACCCAGAGAAAGACAAGGAUCUGCAAGCAGACCGGGUCCAGGAUGAAGAGAGAAAACGGGAGUUUGUUGGAGACAGCAAGAGCGACCCACACUGUUUCCACACCCUGAGUCUGCCUCCCCAGCCGGGGGACAUAAAUGAAACAUGGCCGAAGCCAGCCAGUCGAUUGUCUCAGGGCGGUGGGUGUGGUGGAGGUCUCUACAGCACCCUUGAAUUGCACUCUAACCCGGGGCCUGGAUCCAUGCCGCAGUGGGCUGACAAUGAAAAGCCAAAUACAAUCUCUACAUCCAAUCCCCACGCACACUCAACCCACAUCACCAACACAAACCAAAACACUCGGCUCUCAAGAAACCAGUUACUAAGGAACAGGGCUUCACGGCUCGCUGAUGAGCGUGGCGGCAUGAGCACCGAUGAGGAGACCAAUACAGAAAUGCUCCAGGGUCGGUACUGGAGCCGCACAGAGAGGAGGGAACAUCUGCUUAUUGCCCGUGAGCAAAGGCAGCAGCAGCAGCGGGCGAGGGGCGCACCAAUGAGAGAGGGACAGUACAACAGGGGAGUCACUGUGGGGGAGGACGGGAGCACAGAGAACCAAGUAUGUGACGAAGACCAGUUCUUUGUGGAGGGGCGGUGCAACACUGUUCUUGAACUCAGCCAGAGGAAGUUGAAUCAUCUUCGGAACAGGAAACUGUACGACGAUUGGACCACUGUAGAGGAGCUGUUGUCUCAUGGAAUCAGAAUGGACAGCAGGGAAAGCAAAGUCUGUCCCAGCAACCUGCUGACCGUCACUACCGUCUAACCGCUCAGUUUAGCCUAGCAUCUGUGGGUGUGGGUACCGGUGUGUGUGUGUGUGUGUGUAGGAUUUUGGUUAUGAUCUGUACAGCACCCUUAGUAGUGAGACACUAUAGAUUAUAACAAAUCAAUAAGGGUCUACCCCUAUUUUUUAAUGAAAGUGUUGUAUGUUAGGGUAUUGUGCAACUUGAUGUCGUAUGGUUUAUUCUACAUAUAUUUCACACAUUUGAUGAAUAAAUAAAUAAAUCCAUAUAUUCUAUAAUUGGAUUCUCGAGAGCAAUGCCAAGUGGCCUAAUUGUCUGAGCUAUACGUCUUUGUUCACUAAUGAAGCUUUUGGUGCAUAUGGCGGGAAGAGAAAAGUAAAAGUGUGAUCAAAAUGAAAAGAUGCAGGUUUUACUGUCUACAAUCAAAAUAUUGCUUAAGUUGGUGUUGUAAAUAUUACAAGAUGUGCUGCUUCUUCAUGACCUUUUCUAAGUUGACUUUCUUUCUACCAUGAGCCAGGCCCUUUGACCCUACAAUCUGCAGUGUGUUUACAGAACCCCUACAUGACUGGACUUUACUGCCUUUCCUCUUCCUCAUGUUGGAUUAUCUCAGACGAUGGGCUUGUUUACAUUCUAAAAAGGCCUGCACAUUCAGAAAGCUGUUUGGGAUGUGCAAUAGUACCUCAGUAGUUCAUAACUCCUUACACAAAGUAUUCACCCUUGAAGUCAGGUUCCAUCGUAUGGUGUUACGAAUCAGUUUACCCAAAUAAAACUCAUGAGAAAAAAAAUCGUAAGAAAAAACACCUGUAGAGAUGGAAGCUUCUCAUAACUAUAGAUAUUUUUCAUAUCACCUUAUUUAAAAUAGUGUAACAUUUUUAUUGAAUCGCCAAAAGGAGCCCCGUUGUGACUUUAGAUGGAAUGAUUAACUGUGUUGUUUUAUAUUUAGCAAUUUAAAUUUAGUAAGUUAUACUUUUAUAACUUUCUGAAAGCAGAAAAACAAUUAGCAAAAAAGGUAAACAACUUCGUUUUAAAGUGUGAACUAUACAUAAUUUGUUAUUGACUUUAAUGGUGUCAUUGUACCAAGUGCAUAUUUGAUUUGUUUUACUAUCCAGAAUGUUAGCAAAGAGAUUCAACAGUGUUUUGUUUUGGAUGCUCACUGAUAGGUUAAUGGAUAAUGUUGGUUUAUCGCAGUUAAAUACAAGCUAUAUGUAGAGCACACACACACACACAUAUAUAUAUACAGAAUAUAUAUACAUAAAUACAUAAAUGUAUAUACACAUACGUUUAUGUAUGUAUAUAUAUCUAUAUAUAUAUAAUGUACCAAUGUGAAGUUAUCUCUUUGAAAUACUAAUGCUCCUUGUUUCACCUCCUUUCUUAGUAGUUUCAUGUACAUAGUUGAAUAGUUUGCUUUCAAAUACGACAGACCUUCUGCGCUAAGCCAUCGUUACUGGUGGAUUGAUGCGAUGCACCAGGGGCCAUGCAACACACACCUGGUACACAGCCCUCCUUUACACACAAACACGAGACAGGUUGAAGCACACUUUCAAAGCCAGAAACCAUUGUUAUAGAGGACAAUAUUUUAAAAUAUUUUGGAUUUUGUCGCAGCUGAUCUAAUAAAAGAGGUUUAAUGAAA